AGACAGUCCAUGGAGAGCAGGGAAGAUGAAGUCGAACACAGGUGAGGGUCAUAACCAGGAGGUCAGUCUGAGAGGGAAGGCAGGAACAGAGAUGGGGCUUGGACCACGGGCUGGGCGAACGGACAGGAUCAGAGCAAUGAGUGAGGAGUGGGCUAGUGGGCAGGACAGGUAAACACGGGAACAGGAACUGAGACAUCAAACACGAGCAAGCACGACAAUCUGACAAAGGACAUAAAGCACAGACAGGCUUAUAUACGCAAGUAACAAAACACAAUGAGGAUCAGAAAGGAAAUGAGGAGCUUUGAUCUUCUGGUUUCCGGUUUGGCCCCACUACCAUGAGAAGUUCUAGUCCAUCUCCAGGCUUUUAUAGACAUGGCCUCCGAAGAAGCAGCCAUCACCAUGCUGAACUACUACCCCCCUGCAGCGCCCCAGCUCCGCAGCCAGCCUGUUUACGUGCAGUACUCGAACCCCCGCGAGCUGAAGGCCGACAGCCUGCCCAAUCAGGGAGGAGCAAAUGCAGCACUCCAGACAGCAGCUGCGGUUCAUUCUGGGGGCAUGAACCUGUCUAGAUCGGUCGCCAAUGGUACCAUGAUGGGAGGACAGAGCCCAGUGCUGCGUAUCAUUGUAGAAAAUCUUUUCUAUCCUGUCUCUCUUGAGGUCCUACACCAGAUUUUCUCAAAGUUUGGGACAGUCUUGAAGAUCAUCACUUUCACCAAGAAUAAUCAGUUCCAGGCCUUACUGCAGUACAGUGAUCCAGUGAAUGCACACCAUGCAAAACUGGCUUUAGAUGGGCAGAAUAUCUACAAUGCUUGCUGCACCCUCCGUGUGGAGUACUCCAAGCUGACAAGCCUUAAUGUUAAAUACAACAACGACAAGAGCCGGGACUUCACGCGCCUGGAUCUCCCGUCUGGCGACAGUCAGCCAACCCUGGACCACGCUAUGGCUGCCUAUGGUGCCCAUGGGAUUAUGCCGUCUCCCUGCAUUGGAUCUGCUGGGUUCGCUCCCACCAUGGGCUUCCCCCACGCUGCAGGACUGUCUCUGCAGAUGAUGCCAGGCACCCUGGAAGCCCUCAGCAUCCCUGCCUCUGCCAUGGCCGGACGGAUGGCCAUGCAUGCCAUGCCACCCAUCGCCAUGAACUCUGUGCUCCUCGUCUCCAACCUCAACCCCAGCAGUAUAUCACCACAUGGACUCUUCAUCCUGUUUGGAGUCUAUGGGGAUGUGCAUAGAGUUAAGAUUAUGUUUAACAAGAAAGAAAAUGCCUUAAUACAAAUGGCUGAUGCCACACAAGCGCAAUUAGCGAUGAGCCACCUGAACGGGCAGAGGCUCCAUGGGAAGGUGAUCCGAGUGACCGUUUCCAAGCACCAGACCGUGCAGCUGCCCCGGGAGGGCCAGGAGGACCAGGGCCUCACCAAGGACUUCAGCGGCAGCCCCCUGCACCGCUUCAAGAAGCCCGGCUCCAAGAACUUCCAGAACAUUUUCCCCCCGUCCGCCACCCUGCACCUCUCCAACAUCCCCCCCUCUGUCACAGAUGAAAUGCUUCAGGAUCUGUUCGCUGCCUGUGGGUAUUCAGUAAGGGCCUUCAAAUUCUUCCUAAAAGAUCGCAAGAUGGCUCUGAUCCAGCUGGGUUCAGUGGAGGAGGCCAUCCAGGCCCUGAUCGACCUCCACAACCACGACCUGGGAGAGAAUCACCACCUCCGGGUGUCUUUCUCCAAAUCCACCAUCUAGCCUGCCCUCCCACCACACCUGGGUGUGCCAUCUGCUCACAGUGAGGGCCAACAAGAGGGAAGAAACGAGGGAUUUAUGGUCACAAGUGAAAUCACAACAAAACACUAAAGGAGCAUGAGAGCACCAUUAGAGACGAGAAAGCGAGAUCCAUUUCUGAGGCAGAGGAGAAGGGAUGACAUCGAGCAGUUUGUUUUUAUUGCUGCCCCGUUUCCGGUUUGGACCCUUUACAGUCCACAGGAAAUUCUGGCCCAUUGUGUCUGGCCACCCUGUCGUUAUUCUGCCGAAGAUGUAAUUAACUCUGCAAUCCUUAGAGAUCGGAAUUGGACGCAGAAGCCUUUUUUCAUCAGGAAAUCUUGCGAAAUGUUAUCAGAUGCAGCAAGAAAUUAUGUCAGGCUAUUUUGGGUACAAGAACCUGUCCAUGCAAGUGACACCACCCAUCGUAGAUCCUAGGAUUCGGCCUUGUGGGAAACGUACAGAAAGUAAUGAACCUCUCUUAUCUCCCACUUAUCUCCUGGGCAUUGCCUCUUUCUUUCCAGAAAAUGAUAGUUGUGUAGCCCAAAGAGGGCAUUGGCCACUGGAGGGGUGGGAGGGAAUCACACAAGGUCGCAGGCAAAUCGCAAGCAAUUUUCUUUCUAAAUUACAAUCGCAUGUGUGCGACAAAGGCAUGGGAUCAGCAGUCUUGCUACAGCAUACGUUUGCAUGCUGCAGAGGCGAGACAUACAGACAACGAACUCGCACAUCAUGGUGAUUUUACAUUUCUCUUCUCGAUGUUGUGUUUUUCUGGGGGUUUUUUUUUAAUUAAAGAUGUGUUUUUAUGUUAGGUUUUUUUUUUCUCUUCUUUUUUUUUUGCAUUAGCUGUGCGGUGACGUUGGGAUAUCGAAGUAAGCAACUUGAUGUAAAGAAGAAAAGUUUGCCAUUACAGGCUUUUUAAUCAAAAUCCAAUUCCCUCCACCGACUCUCAUAAGCAUGCUUUCCUGGAAACAAAUGAUGACUGUAUGGCACACAAUACAUCUAUUUUACCAGCUAACUUCAUUUGGUUGUCUUUGGAACCAGACAAAAACAGAAGCUGUCAAUAAAAGUAAGAGAACUGUGAGAAACAAGGCGCACUCACAGUCAUUCCAAAAGCACUGCACAAUCUCUGCUGAUUUUACACGUGAACUCACGGAUGUGGAAAAUGACAAAUCAAAAGUGCAGUUCAAUGAUUUCCUUUGUAAUCUCCAAAUGAAUUGAAUCUCAAGGACUUAUCUUCUAGUAUUUUCCUCUAUAUUCCCCUCAAGAUACCAACAAGCACGGUUGUCAGAAACCUACUUGAGGAUAUCAUUUGUCAACUAUAUAUAUAUAUUUUUUGCCUCUGUUGCUGAAAAUAAGCAUUCCCCCCCCGAUGGGGUAGAAUGAAAUGACACUCCCUUUUUACCUUGAGCUUUCAAAGGAGACGGUCUACCUUUUUAUCUUUCUCAAAACCUCAAUAUGGCCCAUGCUGGAAAGAAUGCCGUCUGUGUAUUCCAGCCUUGAGUGGCAUUAGGAUAUAAAAGGCAGAUAUAAAAUGCCUCCUUCGUGUAACUGCUGUGGUGACCUCGCCUUAACAUUCCAAGAAGGGUUGCCGUGGUCCCCCAUGAGUAGCAUUAGGGGGAAAGCAUUGCGGUUGUGUUGCCCCUCCUCUGCUAGCAGUCUGGAGGUUUAACAGAAAGAUAUAUUAACUGAAGGCAAUGCAAGCCACAGUGUAUCUGAAGAAAAGAAGAGCAAGCAUUUCUUAAAUAUUAAAACGAGAUGUUUACAGUCUUAAAAUGGUCAUUUUCAGGUUUAUACAUUUAAAGGACUGUCACGUUUGUAAAGAAGUUACUUAUUUUUGGUAAUUUGUUCUUUUUUACAGAACACAAAAAAAAAAAAUCUGAAACCUUGUUGGGUUUAUUGUACCACUGUAACUGCUCAAGAAGUCAUUGGGGGGAGGGGGUGUGUUUCCAUGUAGUUAGUUCAAUUCUUAUUACUGUAUGUGCCUUAUAAUCAAUCCAUAGGUUUUAGACUUCUUAACAUAACCGUUUUUGUGGGGCUGGUGCGAGGGUUGAUAUAUUUUAUGUGUUGAUUUCAAUGGGUCACACAUUUUUAAAUUUGUAUUGCUGUGUGGAAAGUAAAUAUUAAAAUAUAAUGAGGUCACACUGUAAACACAUCCAUUAUUAUUCACAGGUACUGGGUGAAAAAAAAUUUUUUUUAUGUCGCAAAGAACAGGUAUGUUCACACUGCGUUAAAGUUUGCACGUUGUUUUUGGUGAAAGUUAUUGCAGCUUGACAGUCUAGCAGUGUGUUCUUCUCUUUGCACUGUAUCUGUGAGCAUUGCCUAUGAUUGAGGUCCACUUCGAGUCUGUCCACUGUUCGGUCGGCUCAAAAUGGGGUGGAAUAGAUAUGGUUGCAUUCAGAAAAUGUCUUUUAAUGUCACACUGUAUGUUCUGCCAUUGUUUCUGUGGAAAUAAAUGUGCUGGAUGCUUCAGAUUAUCUAUCUUCUAAAACAGGUCAGCUUCAAAUUGCAUUCAGGCAACUUAAUCUUUUUUUUUUUUUUUUAAGAACAGCUUCAGUCUUAAGCUUCAAAUUCUGCCAGCAUUAAGUCAUUAAGUCAUCGUAUGUGAAGCUCCAUAUAGAACUGAGACAACUUAAAUCAUUUUUUCACAAUAAACCAUAAGUUCCAAA